AUGAGACCGCCCACAAAUCAGCGCAUGCUGAAGAGUCAGUCAGAAAGCGGUUUGAAGACGGCCUAUUUGACCUCACCAGGGAGACCGGUCCUGCUCGGCUGCCGGUCCCCUGAGAAGGAGACGUUCACCUGCUGGUGGGAGCCGGGCUUGGACGGAGGACUGCCGACGACACACCGCCUCUACUACCAGAGAGAAGGAUUGGAGGGAACGCACGAGUGUCCGGACUACCACUCGGCCGGGAGGAACUCCUGUUUCUUUGACAAGAACCAUACGUCCAUUUGGGUGGACUACUACCUGACCGUAGUGGCCUUCAACGCCCUCAGGAACGCCACGUCGGACGUUUUAAAGAUAGACGUGAUGGAAAUUGUCAAGCCCGACUCGCCUGAGAAUGUGGCACUGGAGGUGGAAAACCGUGCGGAAAGUCUUAGUCUACACGUGAGCUGGGAGCAUCCGCGGAAUGUUGACACCAAAUCAGGCUGGGUCACACUGGAAUAUCAGCUGAGAGCUAGACAACAACAACAAGGCAACUGGAAGGAGUACAUGGCUGGCACACAAACCCGAUUCACGCUCUACAGCGUCCACCCCGGCACGGUGUUUCUGGUCCAGGUGCGCUGUCGGCUGGAUCACGGAUCCUGGAGCAAGUGGAGUGACACCUCCUACGUGAAGAUCCCCAACAAUAUCUAUAAUGAAAAACCCUUGUGGAGCCUAAUUUUGGCUCUCUCUGCCUUUCCAUUUCUUGCAACCCUGUGCAUCGUAGUCACCAAGAGGAAAAGUGUGAAGCAUUGUUUGCUUCCGCCUGUUCCCGGUCCAAAGAUACAAGGGGUUGACGUCACACUUCUCAAGAGCGUGGGUUCUAAGGACAUGGUCAGUGCGCUGAUCAUCAACCAGAGCAUUCUUCCUCUGGCGGCCCGGAAGGACCACAUGGACGACUACCUGAUCGUGUCGGACAACGAUGGCGGGCUUCUACCAGACAAAAAGAGGAGCUUGGUUAUGCCCCCGAGCUUUCGUUUAGACUUCCACUACAAGGACCGAGUGGAGCGGGAGAAGUCGGAUUUGUCCAACCUGAAUACUCAGUCAGUCGCAAACCAGGAGGCGUCAAAUCCUGUCGCAGCCAACAGUUGCUACGUGGACCUUGGGAUGGACCUGGGGAUGGCUGUGAAACCCAAGCCUGAGUCCAACUACAGCAGAGUGAAAGAGGUGAAGUCUGUCAACAUGCUCCUCCUGGAGAAAGGAUGCUACACGGAUGUGCCGAGACCAGCCGAACUCCUUGAGAACUACAGCCAGGUGGAGGACGUGAACAAUGACAAUAGAGUUCUAUUCCUCCACAGACGGAGCGGACAGUGGGACUCCUCGUGUGGGGAAGACGAGCGCCGCCAAAGAAAGCCACCGCCCAGAAACGCUCACACGGACGUGGGUUUUAUAGAUGGCGGCUAUGUGGAGAAGGUCCCAACUCCACCACUUGGAAAAAACGCUCUAAUGUACUGAAUGGUACUUUUUUUUUUUUUUUUUUUUACACAAACACACAGGAAAAGUUCCUCAGUUCUUGAGCAACACGUUUCAUGUUCAAAAUGUUCCGAUUAUAAAAUAAAUAUUUACCGUAUUUUUCGGACUAUAAGUCGCAGUUUUUUUCAUAGUUUGGCCGGGGGUCAGGCAUGUGAUUUGACCACAAUGACAAAGACUGAAAAAAAUUUCCGGGGGUCUGGGGAAGAAGGCCCCCAGCCAGGUCCAGGCUCCUGGUUUUUCACCAAUUUAACAUGCUAAAAUUAACAAAAAGAGCACCAUUUGAAGAAAAUAUUUUAGUGUUUAAAGACAUGAAAACAUCAUUAAUAGAACAUACAUAACCCAAUUAUCCUAAUGAAUCACUGUAUAUGGUUCAGUCCCAACAGUAUUUAGUCCAUACUUGAUUUUCCAGGAGACUCCCGAAAUUCAGCGCCUCUCCCGAAAACCUCCCGGGACAAAUGUUCUCCCGAAAAUCUCCCGAAAUUCAGGCGGACUCAGGUCCUCCACAAUAUAAAAAAGCGUACCUGCCCAAUGACGUUAUAACUGUAGAAUGAUGGAGGGCGAGUUCUUGGUUUCUUAUGUGGGUUUAUUGUUAGGCAGUUUCAUUAACGUCCUCCCAGCGCGGCAACAACACACAACAACAGCAGUCACUUUUUUGUAUACCGUAAAGCAGUUCAUCUGCCGUAAACAGCAAUGUUGUGACACUCUUAAACAGGACAAUACUGCCAUCUAGUGCAUUUGAUGAAAGCACUUUUGUGCGUGCCACACAGCAAUGCAUCAGAGAGGGUGUUCAGCAUGGUUCGAAAAAUAGUGACAGAGAAUAGAACAAGGAUGGACAAUUCAACCCUUAACUCAACAAUGAGUAGAUGAGUGUUAUGUGUGUGUAUAUGUGUAAAUAAAUGAACACUGAA